UGUGCACAGCACCUUUAUGGUCACAGCUAGGAGCUAAGGUAGCAACAGCGCUUGGCCUCUCUCUCUGCUACUUCACAAUAGACGGGACGCUGGGCUGCUAACUCGGGGCUCCUCUCUACACCCAGACGGGAAGUGUCCAAGGCCUGUGACAGCGUGUUGCUAAGCUCCGAAUUGUGCCAUGGGCAAAAAGUCUCGCGACGAGGAAUCCUCAUCCUCCGACGAGGAAGAAUAUGUUGUGGAGAAGGUGCUGGACAGGAGGGUGGUGAAAGGCAGGGUGGAGUUCUUCCUGAAGUGGAAAGGAUACUCAGACAAGCACAACACGUGGGAGCCAGAGAAGAAUCUGGACUGUCCUGAGUUAAUAUCAGAGUUCAUGAAGACCUACAAGAAGGGCAGCAGCGGGACUGCCACGCCAAGCAGCGGGGCCAGCAAAUCCACCACCGGCCCCUCCGGGCGCUCCAAAGAAUCCGGCAGCUUAAAGAAGAGGAGCUCAGAUGAUGACGAGGAGGGCGGUAGCAAACCCAAGAAAAAGAAAGAGGAUGAAAUCCUCGUUGCACGUGGCUUUGAGAGGGGCCUUGAGCCGGAGAAGAUCAUCGGAGCCACCGACUCGUGUGGAGACCUGAUGUUUCUCAUGAAGUGGAAAGACUCCGACGAGGCCGACCUCGUGCUCGCCAAGGAGGCCAAUCAUAAGUGCCCACAGAUCGUCAUAGCCUUCUACGAGGAGCGUCUCACCUGGCACGAAGACAGCGACAAGAAGGAGAAGGAUGCCGUCAGCGCGUGAGUGCUUCGCCUCAAGAGGAAAAGCUCCACUGCAGGGACAACCUUGAGUUUUUUCUGUUGUUUUUUCACACCUGAAACCUCCUCCCAUCUUUCACCUGUACCAUGUCCAGUGAUGACACAAAGACACGGUUGUUGUCGUUUCCUCCAUCCAUGCUCUCAUCGGAGCCCAACGGCCCCAGACUGCUAACAGGGGGAUCCAUGCUGUAGUGGCUGUGGGUGAUAUGCUACUGGGGAAAGUACUGUUUUUGUCGAACCUUUUUUCCUUUUUUUGUUUUUAGCAGGAGUUUUUAGAGCUAAAAGGAUGCGAUUAUAGCAGUAAGGAAUGCACAAACUUAAGUUUAAGAGACGGAGUGAAAGCAUUUUAAAAAUUGUCCUGAGAGGCAUGGUGCAUACUGUAUUGCCUGUUUACUCUCAUCCUAAACUUGAAUUAUUACUGGUCAAUGUCCCCCUGUUCUAAAACCACCACAGCUUUGAUAUUUCUGAAGCAGUAACCGCAGUAUUUUCUUGACUGUGUAAUCGCUUCCUUUUUAAGAACAGUUUUUAAUCCUAGUGGUUUUUUUCUUUUUUUUUUUUCUUUUUUUUUCUUUUUUUUUUUUUUUGGUCAUAUCUACCAAAAUAUAACUUCCAUGUUUGAAUCAACUGUCUUCACUGCAUAGUGACUUUUUGUCUUUCUUAUAUUACGAGUUAUCCUCAUGAUGUUUUUAUUUUGUCACACUAUCUGAUAAAGUACAAUAAAGGCUUUUUAAUUUGUU